AUGGCCAAUCAGUGGUUUGCUCUUGAGCGCGGAGAUGGGCGCAUCGAGCGAGUAAUCGACCAGACCUCAAACCAUCUGGAUUUUGGCAAUGAAGUUGCAAGAUGUUGGCGAAGAGGCCUCGUGGAGUGGCAUAUUUGGAUUUCAGUAGCAGCUAAGCUGAGAAAAAGCCGCUUUACAAGAGUACAACGGCUUUCUUGCUGCCUCUCAGUGCUUUUGACAUCUAUGUUCGCUAACGCGAUGUUCUACAAGUUAGAGGGCAAAUAUGAACAGCCUAUCCAAGUCGGACCGCUGAAAAUGUCGUGGAGACAAGUGGUAACUGGAAUUGAAAGCGCGCUUGUUGUGACACCAAUAAACAUUUUCAUAGUGUUUUUGUUUCAGAAAGGGGCUGAAAAGUCUGCCACGAACUAUGACUAUUGUCUUAAAGGUACCCUGUCUCUGGUAGCGCUUGGUGCUUGUUGUUUUUUUCUUGUACUGUUUCGGCUGCGUUUUCAAUUUUCUACAGUCUAGUUUGGGAAAAGAGUGUCAGUGAGCAGUGGCUGUCUUCGAUGCUUAUCUCAUUCGCGCAGGAUGUAACAAUCAAGGAACCAGUAAAGGUGUUCUUCACAGCUUUAACAUUUGCGGCCAUUUUAAAGAUAAAGGCGAAGAGAUCAAAAGUACACGCCUGCGAAAGCUCUCAACAAGUUAAAACUGGGUACUAUAAGAAACAUUUUUGCACACUGAAAUUAUCAGAGGUGGAAGAGAUGAGAAGAAGACAAGCUAAGAAACAGAACAUGACACGUUAUCUCACAGAGUUGGGUUUAUACUUGGUCUUUGUUUUCUUCCUUAUGGCAGUAUGCUAUGGAAACAGAAAUGACCAUCGGUACUUGAUGACGAAAUCAAUCCGAGAUGGAAUAUCAAAGUUUGACAAGAUGAGUCAACAUCAUUUGAUCAUGUUAAAUCCAUUGCUAAAAUUCGCGUGUUCAAUUUAUCUUAUGACUUUUCGUUCCCACGGGGGUUCAAAAUCAAGAAAAAGGAGGAAAAUUUUACUUUUCCCUCAUCAAGAACUGGAUUUUUUUUUCUUGCUUACAGACGUUCAGGUAUUGACUAAGGCAUUUUCUGCUCUUGUAAUGGACAUUUUGAGUAGGAAUAUCCCCUUAUAAACAUGGUACAAGAGAUGUGUUAGUGUGCGAGUCCCAACCUUAGAACUGGAAAGAAAUUCCAGGCGAUGAUAGAAAAAUCCCAUGAAGAGAUUGGCAUUUAAUUUUAACAUAAGAGAGAGCCAGAAAGGGGCCACUAUCUCAUGCAAACAUGAUUUUAUAGUUUUGAGGGGAUGGAUGUAGUGGAAAUAAGCACGUGAGAAUGUGGGGGUAGAGUCUACCUUGGCAUAAAGUGCUCAAUGCUGUGGUAGCAGAGCUAAGUAUACAUAAGUUAAUGAAUUAAAGAGGACGCACGGAUUCUCUGUGACACUGAGUUUAGGACUUUUAGCGCCUCUCGUCAGACAGAACUUGACUUGACUUGAAAAAGUUCUGUCUGACGAGCGCUUAGGCACGAAACUCAGUGUCACAGAGAGUCCAUGCGUCCUCUUUAACUCAUUAACUUAUGCAUAUAUAUAUAUAUAUAUAUAUAUAUAUAUAUAUAUAUAGAUAUAGAUAGAUAGAUAUAGCUCUUUGGAAUACAAAGCUUUGCUUUCAUGUCCAAAUUGAGCACUCUACUAGGAUGAGUCAUUGCAUUGCGCAUGCUCACUAGUUGUUCUAGUUUAAACACUCAGGCAUGGCUUAGAUGAUCCCACAUGUGUGAGAUCACUUGGGGUGGCUAUAUUGCCUUACCUCCAUCCUAGCAUCGGCACUGCACUGAUGAAGCCGAGCGAGCGAAAUAUAUAUAUAUAAUUGCGGGGUAGAAGGUAGAUAGCUCUGUCUGACGAGCGCUUAGGCUCGAAACUCAGAGUGACAGAGAGUCGAUGCGUCCUCUUUGACCUUUUCACUUAUGUAUAUAUAUAUAUAUAUAUUCAUUUAUUUAUUUAUUUAACCUAAUCAUCUUGUAUUGAUUCAGGUGACAAACAGUGCAAUGUACUGGAGCUGGUUACAGCAUGUUUUUAUCCCAGGUGUGUUUUCCAGCAGAUGGUACAACGGUCAAAGGGAUGAGCAAACAAUUUCUAUUGGUAAUAAACACUCUCUUCUCGUCGGAAUGGCUCGAUUAAGGCAACUCAGAGUGAAAGCGAGUAAGUUUUUUUUCCCAUUUUUAUUCCUUUUUGCAUUUCAGUGAAAAGGCUAUUUACCCACACAUGUCAUUUCACAUAUUAUAGUUAUACAUAUACAAUUUAGCCUGAUAGAGAAACGAUCGGUGCACAAACUUAAAUAUAGAGUUAAAAAAUAGCUUAUUAAUAAUAAUAAUAAAGAUCUUUAUUAAAAAGAAACACGUCCAGAAACAAAACGUCUGGACUUACAAUUUCCUACAUAUAUCUAUCUAUUAUGUAUAUACAAGACUAAGUAACUACACAAAUUCGAAAAGACAUCUAUUGAAAAAGCAACGUUAAAAGGUUUCGGUUCUGACUGGAGGCAGGAUGUAAUUACGUCCUCUUUUCCUGAGGCUCCUAGCUCUCUGAGCUGGUAAAAGUUCAUGUAAUGGAUUUGCGCUGUCAGAGGUCGAAAGGUUGAAAUUGUUAAAGAAAAAAAAUGUUGAACAUUCACCGGUGACAAUUUUUUAGACUCUGACCAUUAUAACAAUUAUCUAGAAGAGUGUUUAGGUAGCUGCGUUUUAUUAUGAACGCUAAUUAAAUUGAAGUUUUGAUGACGGCGCUCCUUUUCUCCGAAAGCAAAUGCUACUUUGAAGGCUUCUAAUAAUUCUCCAUAUAUCUCUGUUGUUAAAAGUACGAAAUGUGUCAAGUCCCUGAGUGAAAUAAAUACCAAAACAAACUUCCUGAUCAUGAUCUUUUGCUCCCACUUUCAGCACAAUGUAAAGUCCUAAACUAUAUGAAAACAUCGUUCGAAGAAUGUUUCAAGGGAUACUCGACAAAUAACGAAGACAAGACCGUCUACAACAAACCAGGCUGGAGGCCUAUCGACAAUGCUACAAGGAAUGACGACUUAUUCCAACUUUCCCCGAAGCCAUGGCGAUAUCAACAUGCCGAGGAAACCGACGCCACACCCAGGUGGGGACAGUUCUCUUUUUAUGAUGGAGGAGGAUUUGUAGCAGACCUCGGUUACGAUAACCAUACGGGGUUCAGCAUAGUAACAAAUUUACAAAACAACGGUUGGCUUAACAGACAAACUAGAGUUGUCCUGGUAGAGUUUUCUACAUACAAUCCGUCGGUGAAUAUUUUAGGUGUUGCCACGUACUUCUAUGAAGUUGAUGCAUCUGGACUGAAAGCAGCCUCCAUGCAAACUCGUGUUCUUUCACUUGAUUCUACGGACACACUCUCGCAUCAGUUUUAUUUGAUUUGCUUGUUCCUGUAUAUUGUAUUCGUUUUUCUGUAUUUUGGAAGGGAAAUUUUCAGACUUUACAAUCAGCGUUCUCGAUAUUUCAUGUCUAUCUGGAAUUGGGUCGAGACACUCCAAAUUGUUUUUUCUCUGAUUUCCGUGGUAAUUUACAUGAUACUACAAAGUAAAACCAUUUCAACCAUGGGCAAACUGCGUAAAAACAUUUACGCAAAUCUAAGUUUCCAAGAAGCAAUCACUUGCCAAGAAGUGGAAAAUGUGGUACUUGGAAUUGUUAAUUUCAUCGUCACCAUCAAGCUAUUGCGAAUCAUUCGCUUUAACAACUAUGUUGCUCUAUUCUCCACAACAUUGAAGAUAUCUGCACGAUCUUUGUUAUCCUUUAGCAUCGUUUUAUGCAUUUUCUUUGUGGCAUUUUUGCACUUCGGUGUCUUAGUGUUUGGCUCUGUAUCUGGGCGCUACUCUUCGGUGCUAAAAGGAGCCUAUUUCCAACUCGAGCUAACUCUUGGUCGAGUGAAAGCUAGACCAAUCAAUGAAUUAGCACAGGCCAACACCAUAUACGCCAAAAUAUUCGCCUUCUUAAUUCUCUUCACUCUCACUAUUCUCUGUAUGAACUUCUUUAUUGGCAUAAUCAACGAUGCUCUUUUGGAUGCUAAAAACUAUGUGAGCGAAAGUGAGCUGUAUGAUCUUAUCGAUGAGAACCGUUGCUCGAGCUCAAAAGAAAGAAAAGAAUUUUUCGAUGCAACCAGUAACAGGUUGAAACAGUCGAGAACCUCCAAAACGUCAGCAGAAGUGAUGGACAAAGAAUCAGGAAACAUUGGCCUUGACCCCACGAACAGUUCCAAUCUUAACUUUGAUUUAAUAAGUCAAGCUAUCAUAGCUUGGAGGAAGAAAAGAUCCAGAGAAACAAUUGAUAAACAGCAAUGCAGUACAAGGAGACAAGCAUUAUUCGACAGGAUAAGCAACACGUUAAAAUCUCUGAAAGGUGAAAGCAAUGACGACUGCAGCAAACGUACAGAAAAAAAGAAAGUAAGAUUUCAAGAGGAUGUCGUCCAGUCUUCCCUCCGUAAAUUACGUAAGAGAGAACAUGACCUGUUACAGCGGCUGGAGAGUAUUGUUUCAGGGUUCACAGCAGAAGACGAAGAAUUCGAUUAA